AUGUCAAUCAAGAAUGAGGCCAUCUGGGCUGCCAGCCCCUCCACCACGAGGGGACAACCCACCCAGCUAUCUUCCGAUGCUAAAGGCGAACGUCUCGCAUAUGCGUCAAAUAAAUCCAUCUUUCUCCGGUCCAUUGAUGACCCCGCAGUUGCUCGUCAAUACACCGAGCAUAAAGUGCAAACAACUGUCGCCCGGUUUGCACCCUCGGGAUUCUAUGUCGCGAGCGGAGAUGCAAGUGGAAUAGUUAGAGUCUGGGAUUGCAUCGGUGAAGGGAUCACCAAGGGUGAAUACAGCAUUGUCAAUGGCCGAAUCAAUGAUCUUGCGUGGGACGGUGAUUCGCAGCGAAUAAUUGCAGUGGGAGAUGGAAAGCAAAGAUAUGGCCACUGCAUCACUUGGGAUAGCGGCAAUACUGUGGGCGAAAUUAGCGGACACACCCAAGCAAUCAACGCUGUUUCCAUCCGCCAGCAGCGCCCACUGCGUGCAGCUGCCGCCGGCGACGAUAAGAAUGUGGUCUUCUAUCAUGGGGCACCGUUCAAGUUCAACACUGGCAUCCGUGACAAGCAUACUAAUUACAUCUACGGCGUUGACUUCAGUCCCGAUGGCUCUACGUUAGUCAGCGUUGGUGCUGACAAGAAGAUUUGGCUAUACGACGGUAAAACUGGAGAGGUGAGGGGCCAGAUUGGAGAAGCGGAACACAAGGGAAGUAUUUUCGCGGUGUCAUGGUCCAAGGAUUCGCGCAAAUUUGUCACCGCAAGUGCUGACAAGACUGUCAAAAUUUGGGACGUGGAGGCAGGAAAGGUCACACAGAAUUGGAACAUAGGUGGUGAGGGAAAUAGCGACUUCCUGAAUCAGCAAGUCGGCGUGGUCUGGCCGUCAGGCAGGAGCGACUACCUGCUCAUCAGUUUGUCAUUGAGCGGUGACCUUAAUUACCUUGUUGAAGGUACACCGGAACCGAGACAGGUAAUCCAGGGUCAUCAGAAGAACAUCACGUCUUUGACUACGCCUGGAUUUAACAGUGGAGAUGAAACACUGUGGACGGGAAGUUUCGAUGGAAGAGUGUGCGGUUGGGAUGUGCCUACUGGUAAAGCGGCGACAAUCAAAGGAGAAGGCUCAUCCUCGUAUAUCGCAGGUCUAACAUCGACCCAAGAAGGCGCUGGGAGGAUUUAUAGUGUUGCCUGGGAUGAUACCAUCCGUUCCGUGGACAUUGGCGCUAAAACGUACUCCGGGGGCUCUUCCAAGUUGUCUGGACAACCCAAAGGAAUCGCUGGCGGAGGCGCGACCGUUCUAGUGGCCAAUUCUGAUAACAUAGAGAUCCACAAAGAUGGGCAAAAAGUUGGCGACUUCAAAACGAGCUUCUCUGUAACUGCUGUGGCUGCUCAGGGCAGCGUGGCAGCAAUUGGAGGAGAAGAUUCGACUGUUCAAAUCUGCGAUAUUUCUGUAUCAUCUCUGACGCCGCAGCGAGAUUUCAAGGCGUCGCGCGACGUGGUAUCAGCCCUGGCCUUCUCGCCAGAUGGUUCCAAUCUGGCUAUUGGUGACUCUCGAGGGCGCGUGCUUGUAUACAAGGUUUCGGAUGGCAGCCUGGUGAUUGACCGAUGGACGGCACACACAUCGCGAAUUACCUCUAUUUCCUGGAACGACAAUGGAGCCCAUAUUGUCAGUGGUGGGCUGGACACCAACAUCUUUGUUUGGAGCUUGACCAAUCCGGGAGACUGGCUGCAGGUGUCCAACGCUCAUAAAGAGGGGGUCAACGGUGUUGCGUGGAUCGCUGGUGGCUCGAAAGUGGCCUCCGCUGGAGCUGAUGCUGCAGUCAAGGUGUGGCAGGUUGAAGGAUUGAAAUAG